AUGUCACUAUUUAGAACUUUACAGAACCAACCUCGUGUGAUCUCUUUGUUUACGCAAGGCGUAGAGGUGAACUCCGGAUCUAAGAUUUUAUAUAAUGAAUUGAAUAAACAUUGCAAAAGUGCUGAUGCGAAGACAAGGUUCAACAUUGAAGUCCAUAAGACGUUUCCCACUCUUGAUCAAUUAAAAUACAUGGUUGACAUAAAUCCAAAGGUAGUAGAACAACAGGUUCCAAACCUAAUGAAAAUCAUUAGUGCUAAGAAUAAUUCUGGCAUAUUUGGCUCAAGUUUGGAAACUUGUAUCAAAGAAGGUAUAUGGAACCCAGAAAAAUCGAUUUGGAUGGAUUGGGAGAAAAAAAGUAUUGGUAAUAAUCUCAGCAGUUUACAAACCUACUUAAAGAGUUUAGAAACUAAGUGA